GGAAACAUAUCGGGUCAUUUGACAGGUGUAAAGAGGUCUGAUCGGGAGACCAAUUCUGAUUGGAUACCUACAUAAACCGAAAGUAGUAAAACUCUGUGUAUUCUCAGUUUCUGUUCAAAACGACUGUGGUUAACGGAGGGAUUACGGGAGUGAUUUAAAGCUUUGAUCAGCUAGUCAGUGACUCGGAGACCCUUUAUAUAAUAUAAUAUGGUUGUGACAAUGGCAGGUAAAAAUGUCUGCUGUACCUUGGUCGGAGAUGGAAUGGUCGGAAAGACUUGUCUGGCUAAGGUGUUCACGGACAAGACUUUCCCUGACCAGUAUGUGGCGACUGUUCAGGACAGCUACAGUGGUCAAGCUUGGUUUGCCGGUGACCAGUACAGCAUCACCAUCACAGAUUCGGCUGGAGAGCAUGAAGGAAGUGACGUUCGGCGCGUCAGUUACGACAAGUCUGACGUCAUCCUGCUGUGUUACAGUGUUCUAGACCGAGAGUCGUAUGCCAGUUUGCGGACACACUGGUCAAGGGAGGUUGGGAGUCUGGCCAAACGAUGUCCGGUUUUGGUGGUGGCCUUACAGACGGACAAGCGGACGUCCAGACACGUGACUACAACAGAGGGACGGAGUAUGUCUAAGUCAAUAAAGGCAAAUGGGUUCAUCGAGUGUUCGGCGAAAAACGUAAACGACGUCAAGGAUGUCUUCGAGAACGUGGUGCGCAUGUGCCUCAGAAACAGGAAACGGAAGGCAAACUUGUUGAAGAGGAUACUUGGACGCUGAGAACAUUAUGUAUUAUCCAACCCCAGGAUUUUACUGAUAAACCCCAAUGUCCGCAUUCGACAUAUGACCUGUGUCAGAAAAAGUCGAAGACUGCUUCGACCGCUCCAGACCGUACAAGGUCGUAUGCUAUACUGAAGGUCACACACGUAAAGGACAUCAAAUGAAACUGGCCAACGGUCAGUUUGAAAGGCGUGCAUAAUGUUCCCGCAUACGUGAAAACAUGGAUUGCUACCAACCUGACUGACAUUUCUGGAAAACUUUACAUUGAAAAAGCUCAAUCGUGCAUUGACUGGACAUAACGUACAGUUAAGAUUUGUUAGCCAUUUCCAUGUACAAUGUAGUUUUAGUUUCCGGUCACUGUCCAGGAGGGAAAUGGACACAAUGUGUGUUGCGAUGUAUAAAAUCUCCUAAUACCCCUAUUCUUUACCGAGAUGUCCCGGGGGGUCGGGAUCGUGACAAAGUGCGCGUGACAUGCCUUAAUUAUGCUGUAUUUGUCACCGAUAUAGAUGACGGGCAUCAGUGAACGUAAAAUGGACAAGAACUUGGGUGAUUUAAUUACAGGUUCAGUUUGUGUUGACUGCCUGGAGACAAGGGGAGUGGUCUCUUUAUACAACCGUGCGGUUACACUGUUUAUGCUCAUUUGUGGCUAACCUGAAUUAUACCUGAAUUAAAGAUACCACACAAUGA